AUGCAUUUCUCCCUCAUAACAGUGCUUUCUGUUUUGGUGUUGUCGCAGUUUACCGAGGCACAUAUCGCUUUGCUUCCUCCAAGAGGAAAAGAAUGUUUUUAUGAGGAUCUAAAGGCCCAGGAUGAGUUGGCAGUGACUUUUCAGGUUGGUGACCGUGAUAGAUCAGCCACGGAGCAAUUGACCACUGAUUUCUGGAUUCAGGCUCCAUCGGGAAGAAUUCUUAGAUCGAUGAAUGACCAAUCACACGGUUCUUUCCAAAUAAAGGCUGAGGAAAAUGGUAAAUACGUGUACUGUUUCUCCAAUGAGGACUCAUCUAUGAAGACUAAGGACGUUUCUUUUAACGUUCAUGGAGUUGUCUAUGUUGACGUUAAUGAUAAUUCCGGAGAUAACUUGGAAUCCAGUGCCAGAAAGUUGCUUGAGUUGGUCUAUGACGUGAAGAAUGAACAGAAUUAUAUCGUUGUCCGUGAAAGAACCCAUAGAAACACUGCUGAAUCCACCAAUGAUAGGGUCAAGUACUGGUCUGUCUUCCAGUUGAUUGUGGUGAUUUUGAACUCGGUAUUCCAGGUACUUUAUCUCCAGCGAUUCUUCGAAGUUAAGACUGCUGUUUAA